AUGGGGUCACCACCUGGACAACCACCACCAGUCACCACCUGGACAACCACUACCAGUCACCACCUGGACAACCACUACCAGUCACCACCUGGACAUCACCCCACCCCAACCACCACCAGUCACCACCUGUACAUCACCCCACCCCCACCCCAACCACCACCAGUCACCACCUGGACAUCACCCCACCCCAACCCCAACCACCACCAGUCACCACCUGGACAUCACCCCACCUCCACCCCAACCACCACCAGUCACCACCUGGACAUCACCCCACCUCCACCCCCAACCACCACCGAGUCACCACCUGGACAUCACCCCACCUCCACCCCAACCACCACCAGUCACCACCUGGACAUCACCCCACCUCCACCCCAACCACCACCAGUCACCACCUGGACAUCACCCCACCUCCACCCCAACCACCACCAGUCACCACCUGGACAUCACCCCACCUCCACCCCAACCACCACCAGUCACCACCUGGACAACCACUACCAGUCACCACCUGGACAUCACCCCACCUCCACCCCAACCACCACCAGUCACCACCUGGACAUCACCCCACCUCCACCCCAACCACCACCAGUCACCACCUGGACAACCACUACCAGUCACCACCUGGACAUCACCCCACCUCCACCCCAACCACCACCAGUCACCACCUGGACAACCACUACCAGUCACCACCUGGACAUCAACCCACCCCCCACCCCAACCACCACCAGUCACCACCUGGACAUCACCCCACCUCCACCCCAACCACCACCAGUCACCACCUGGACAACCACUACCAGUCACCACCUGGACAUCACCCCAACCCCACCCCAACCACCACCAGUCACCACUUGGACAUCACCCCCCACCUUCCCCCACCUCCCCCACCCCAACCACUACCAGUCACCACCUGUACCCCAUACCCCCUCUCCCAUGCCUCACCCCCUCACCCCCCUCCCCAAUCCCACCUGA